AUGUUUGAAAAAGACUUAAUUUUAAACGAAACUAAAUCAUGUGAACAUAUUUUAUUAGGAUUGAAUCUUACUUCGGAAAGUUGGGAAUACCAGAUCAGACAUUUCGGAAGUCAUCCUGAUUAUCAAGUAUGCGUUUUUGAUAAUCGUGGUGUUGGUUAUUCGGAUGCACCGCCAGGAUUCUACAGCACAAGUCAAAUGGCUCAUGAUAUAAUUGAUUUGUGUGAACAUAUCGGAUGGACGAACAAUGUCCACUUAAUUGGUGUUUCAAUGGGUGGCAUGAUCGCACAAGAAUUGGUGUUGGCAAAACCACUAUUCUUUAAGUCACUUUGUUUAACUUCUACUACACCAGGAAUGUCAUUACCUCCGUUGCUAGCUGUUACUACUAUAAGUAAAUUAAUGUUUAUUAGGAAUCCACUUGAGAAAGUUGAAAUAACUGUAAGAUUAAUUUAUCCCAAAGAAUGGUUAGAAGCUCCCGCCCCUCCGGGUUCACCUCAUCCCACGAAUGAGAAACAUAUGUUAGAUAAAUUCCUUGAACGAAUGACUAGUCGUGGAAUCCAACCAGUUAACGCUGCUUGUCUUCGUCAUUAUUGUUCUCCUGAUCGUCUUCGUCGUAUUAAACAUAAUAUUCCACAAAUUUUGGUUGUAACAGGAUCUUGGGAUAAUUUAAUUCGUCCAGAGAAUAGUUAUUACUUAGCAGAACAGUUAAAUGCUGAUUUUGAAUAUUGGGAAGGAUCUGGUCACGCACUACCUGGUGAACAAGCUGAACGCUAUAAUGAUUUGUUAGAUGUUCACUUUAGGAAAGCUGGUUUAGUUGAUACAAUUAAUUAA